AUGACGUUGAAACCAUCAUCUGAAACUUUUUUAUUUUUUAUUUUCUAUACUAUUUGUUGUGUUUCUUCCUCAGAAAACGUUGAGUUCCCUUGUCAGAUUCUAGACCCAUUACUAUUUCGUAUAAAUUCAACAAUUUAUGUUCCACAAAACUCAUCAGCUCCGUUCGCAAUAAGUGCGAAUUUCACUUGUACAUAUCCAUUCUUCGUUCAAAAAAACGAAUAUCUUCGAUUAUCCGUGAUCAAUUCCUUGCUUGAUAAAGAUGUGAUUGAGUUCGUGGAUUCAGUUGGAUACAGGAGGAAUCUUACAGUACAAAGCAUUGCUAAUGACGAACUAUUUGCCACUUUCGGUCAUGGACAUGUUCGAAUCAUUACGGGACCUCAAGGAAGAUCUAGAGCAUUACUUGUAUUCCAAUGGUUAGAAAUGCCUGACUCAAAUUGGUCUGAAAAAUUACAUAAAAAUGAAAGUGGUCAAAACGUGGAUUGCAUGGAUAUUCAACAGAAGGCUAUCACGUUUACAGCAGUAGACGAUAAGGAGAGAAUUGCUUUAAACAUUGCUCAUUCUGGAUAUGUUUUUGAUAGAUUUGAUAGCUAUUUUAUAUUUGAUGGUCCGGAUACAAGUAGUCCUGUUGUUGGGAGAAUGAGCAGUCACGUUGUCGUCCCAUUUAUCUCCUCCAAUCAAUCUGUAACAGUAAUUGGUCUAACUAAGCAAGUAGUCUACUCCAAUGUUAUCGCAAAUAUCCAAUCUAACAUCGCUGGAUACCGGAAGUACCAAGCAGCAGUGGUGAUUGAUCAAUAUGGAGGGCAGUUGGACUCGAUUAAUCAAACAAUUGCAGUCACUUUUAUUGCAAAAGAUGCGAAUCAACUUUAUAUAACAAUGCUGAGUCCAAGUUCUGAACUCGACAUGUUAUUUCCUCAACAGUUCCCAACAUCCCAAGUGACUGUCGAACUAACUGACUGCUCAGUUUAUAUGGUUCUCUCCAAAAAUACUCCAGCAAACUUCUAUAUGGUGGGUGACGACGAGAGAAUGGGAUAUGUAUUCACACCGAGUUUUCUUGACGGACAAGCAACACCCGACUGGAAUUUUACACUGAGCAGUAAUCAAUCUUGUCAUUUCUCAACUACAGUGGAGUCUGUGACAAUUUACAACGAGCAAGUUCUGGCAAUAACCGUAUAUAAUGAGAAGGGAUACUCUGCAAUGAGCACUGUAAUAACAGGAAAUGAAACGGGAGGAGCUGCUGAAGGAAUCGGAACUUCAGUGAAUAUGAAUCUCUUCGGAUCGAAAGGACAGGGACAAGCGAAAAUACGAUAUCAUAUUUCAAAGAUCUCAGAACAAAUCACCGGUGUCAGCAUAUUGGCUCUGCUGGCUCUAUGGACUAUUUGGUAG